CAAGGGGGAGUGGCGGCGGGGGGAGGCCACCGAAUAAGGGAAGUUCUCGUGGCCGUCGGGGGUGACGUUCCGGUCCGGCCGGAUGGAGGGCGACGCGUAUUGGGGGUCGUGGAUUGCGGACCGGCUGUACACGAACGGGGACUACCACGAGGGGAUGUGGCGGCGGAAUAUCCAAAAGGGGCGCGGCCGACGGCAGCUGCUACGUUGGCAGGUGGAACAAAGGGGAGCCAAAGACCCUCAAUGGCACCAUCUACCCGGCCGCUGCAGCCGGCGGACCGAAGGAGAUCGCCGGCGGGAGGAGGAUCCCCUUUUCGCCGCUGGAUGAUUGAUACAUUGCUGCUGCCGCCGGUGUUCCCGAAGUCGAGGAAGAGGUCGUCGGUGGACGGAGCACCAGGGAGGGCGAGCGCCGCCGUCGUCGUCGAGAAGAACUUCCCCAGGAUCUGCAUCUGGGAGUCGGACGGCGAGGUCGGGGACAUCACAUGCGACAUCAUCGACACCCUUGAGGCGUCGAUGCUGUAUAGGGAAGGGACUUCCUUCGACUCGGUCGGUGGUGGCAUCGGAGCCAGGCAGGAGCGCCGGCGCCCGUGUUGCUUGACCGUCGGGGAGGUGAAGAAGCCCAGGCAGACGAUAUCCAAAUGCCACAAGAACUAUGAUCUCAUGUUAAACCUUCCAUUGGGAGUCAGGUACUCUGUUGGGAAGCCAGCUUCGACUCAAACGAGAGAGCUUUAGCCCGGGCAGAUUUCUGGACAAGGUUUCCUCCCGAGGGAUCCAAGAUUACUCGGCCCCACCAAUAUGUUGAGUUUCGAUGGAAGGAUUAUUGUCCCAUGAUCUUCAGGUAGCAAGGGUAAAAUUUCGUAUUAGCAUGUCAAAUUAUAGACUAUUCUCCUAACAUAUCACGUAUCCCUUCCGAACUCUUCAUUUUGCAUAGUAUUUUUGGGCUUCGUUCACUUCAAAUCUCCCACUGAUGCUGUGUGAAUUCAGGGAGGAGCAGCUUCGAGAGCUGGCGCUGUGGCUGGGGGUGAGUGGCUACCGAUUCGUGUGGAUGCUACGAAUUGAAGGAAAGAAGUGGAUGUCGAAGGGGUAUGAGGAGAGGAUCGUGGGG